AUGAAGAACCGUUUGGACUCGUACUAUUUAAUCGAAUUAACAUGUGCCUUCUGUAACACGCUUCUGGCGCCUAGCUGCCGUGCCACCGGAAAGAAGCACGAGGGCUGGGAUACUGCCAGGUUGGACAACACUAGACAGGGGAAGUUGAGAGGCAGAUGUCGAACCACGGACCAUCCGGUCAGUAGGCUCACUCCUUGGGUUUCCGCCAAACUUUUGUUCUACUUGAACCCAAAUAGGACCGUUUUCGAGAAAUACACUCAUUUGCAAAUCAAUUUUGGUUCAAGUAGAACAUAA